AUGGCCACUCAGACAACGCACCUGAACUUCCCUCUGACUGCCUCCACUGACCUUCUGGAGCAAUACGUUCAUCCACCAGAGACAAAACAGGACGGCUUCUUCUACGUGACCAACUUUGGGCUCACCCAAGAACAAGUGGACCGCCAAUUCGCCAUCGCCAAAGAGUUCUUCUCUCUUCCCGAGGAAGAAAGGCGCAGUUUCCGGGCCCCGCUGGAAGAAGGCAUCUAUAACGGCUACCGGCCUCUGGGCUCGAUCGAAAUUCUCCCAGGUCUACGCGAUAACAUCGAGUUCUACAACAUUAUGAAGUUCCUCCCGCAAUAUGAGCGAACCCACCCCGACGUAAUCCGGCGACACUGGGCGGAGAUCGAGAAGUUCCAUCGCCAUGUGCAUGAACACAUCGCGUAUAGACUAUUCCGCCUGCUAGCAAUUAUCCUGGAGAUUCCCGAAGACGAACUCGAAAAGGGUCACAUGUAUCAUUCCAACUGCGACAGCGGCCUGCGAUACAUGUGCUACCGUGCGCGCUCCGCGGAGGAAAACGAGAAGUACAAAAGCCUCUAUUCACGAGGCCACACGGACAACGGCACCAUUACCUUUGUCUUCCAGCAGCCUGUGGCGGGGCUACAGGUCAAGAAGUAUGAUGACUCAGAGUGGGAGUACCUCAGGAUUCCUCCGGGUACGACAGCGGUCAAUAUUGCCGACCUGCUAUCCAUUCUCUCGAAUGGAUAUCUGAAGAGCGGGGUGCACCGCGUCAUUACCCCUCCUGAGGAUCAGCAACACCUGGACCGGCUGGGAGUGCUGUACUUUGUCCGUCCGAGCGAUCGGCUGACGCUAAGGACGGUGGACAGCCCACUUCUGCGGAGGCUGGGCUACUACAAGGAUGGGAUCAACGAGAUCAACAUCCCGGCGCCUGAGUGGACCAGGGCACGGAUCAAGAAGAAUUGGACCCGAUCCCCGACAGAUCCAAAUGAGGGGACCUCCAUGGCUGGGUUUAGUGUGAAGCAUUUCCAUGAUUGA